AUGCCUUCUGCAGCAGCGGCUCAGCCAACUCUGCUCUCCUGGAGUGACAACUUUCCUCUCGUGGACCCAGGUACAAAGCUAGCCAUCCCAACUUGCAUUGCUCUCAUCCUGGGAGUCACCAUUUUCAUCCGCGCGUUUGGAGGCAUCAAGACCUCCAAGAUCCCUCUUCUCAACCCACCCAAAGGGUUUGAUCUGACCAACUGGGAUGCAAGAAAGAACUUCGGUUGGCGCUCGGGGGAGCUUAUGCAGGAGGGACUGACAAAGUACAAGGGCCAGAUGUUCAAGGUGAUGACAGAGUCUGGAGAAAUCACUAUCUUCCCGUCUGCUUUGGCCAAUGAUAUUCGAAAUGAGCCUAAUCUGAGCUUUAUGAAAGCCAUUGCCGAGGACUUCCAUUCACAUCUGCCCGGUUUCGAGGCUUUUGGGGGUGGUACUCGUUCGGAUGACCUUAUGCAGAUAAUGGUUCGGAAGCAGCUUACCAAAUAUCUUAACAAAGUGACAGAACCCCUGUCCGAAGAAACAAACUUCGCAACUGAGCUUCACUUUGGGAAGUCGCCUGAGUGGAAAGCAGUCACCAUCUAUCCCGAGAUCGUCGAUAUUGUCGCUCGAAUCUCAUCUAGGGUUUUUCUUGGUCCAGUCAUUUGCCGCAACCAAGAUUGGCUGGAUAUUACGAAGAGUUAUACAUUGGAGGCAUUUUCUACCGCGACUAGUCUCCGCGAGUACCCUAACUGGCUACGAAACCUGGUUCACUGGUUCCAUCCAGGGUGUAAAGCACUCCGUGCGAAGGGAGCCAAGGCUAGAGAUAUCAUCACCCCGGUGAUUAAGGAGAGGAGAAAGGCGAGGGCAGAAUCAGCUGCUCGAGGCGAGCCGCCGACGUUCUACAACGAUGCUAUAGAAUGGUUAGAAGAGGAGAGCAAGGGUGUGUCGUAUGAUGCUGCCGUUUCUCAGCUUUCUCUCGCGAUGGCUGCGAUCGAGACUACUUCAGAUCUUUUGACUGAGACUCUACUCCGACUCGCAAGACGACCCGGCCUUGUGGAAGAGCUGAGAGAGGAAAUCACCAAUGUGCUUCAAGCUGAAGGGUGGAAGAAAACAUCAUUGUACAACAUGAAGCUUCUGGACAGUGUCAUCAAGGAAUCUCAGAGGCUUAGACCUGGAUCUAUGGUAUCCAUGAUCCGGAAGGCGGUCGGAGAUGUCAAACUCCCGAACGGCAACAUAAUUCCUAGAGGAACUCGGACAGCUGUUGUGACGGAUAAGCACCGGGAUUCGGGUAUCUAUGCCAACGCCGACGAGUUCGAUCCCUACCGCUUUCAAAGGCAGCGCGGGACGGAAACGGACAACACCGCACAUCUCGUUUCGACAGGACCUGCGAGCUUAGGCUUUGGGCACGGCCAGCACGCUUGCCCAGGCCGCUUCUUCGCAGCCAACGAGAUCAAGGUCGCUCUUUGUCAUUUGAUCGUCAAGUACGAUUGGAAAGUGGCUGAUGACGCGACCCCUGAGCCCGAGCCUCUGCGAUAUUCCUUCUCUCUCCAGGUUGACCCCUCAGCUCAGCUCUAUGUUAGGAGGCGACCGACGGCGGGAUUGGAUAUCGAUUCGAUCUAG